AGUGAAGUCGCUCGCGUGAAAAGUUCAAAUAUGUUGCUUUUACUCUAUAUUCUCUUCGUUAUUGGCAGUGGAAUCUACUUUUUCCUUACAUGGAAUUACAAGCAUUGGGAGAAGAGAGGAAUUCCCUCUCCUGAACCCAAAAUAUUGUGUGGAAAUCUUCAGGGCGCAGUGUUUGGGAAGAAACAUGUUGUUUACGAUUUUGAUCAAAUCUACAAGAAUUACAAAGAUCAGUACUCCUUCGUGGGAAUCUACAGUAUGAGACAACCGCAGUAUUUGAUAACCGAUGCAAGAACUGCCAAAGAUAUUCUUAUCACCAAAUUUAAAAACUUCCAUGAUAAUGAAUUUGCAGAUAUGAGUGACAAGAAAAAAGAUCCAAUUUUCGUAAGUCAUCCGUUUAUGCUAAAGGGUCAGGAAUGGAAGGAAAAGAGAAAUGAAAUGACGCCGGCUUUUACUCAUCUUCGAAUCAAGACCAUGUACCCAAUUUUCCAGGAUACUGCUGAACAUCUCAAGAUGGCUUUUCUUCGUGCGAAUGGGGGUACUAUUGAUGGUUAUGAAACGUGCGCACAUUACGCGAUAGACGUCGUUAGUAAUUGUAUCUUUGGAACAGACGCUGGAGCUUUGUCUGGAGGGAAAGCCCCAAUUUUAGACAUGGCAAGGAAAGUUGUAUUUUCCUCGAGACUCAUGUUAUACUUUAUUGUAGUUCAGUUAUUCCCGAGUCUAAAGAAAUUUUACAAGUUUUCCGUUGUUGGAAAAGGUGUUGAAGAGUUUUUCCACAAUGUCAUGAAGGAUGCCAUUAAUUUGCGUAAGAAGAACAAGAAUAACCGCAAAGAUCAUCUAAACUACCUUCUUGAUCUUCGUGCAAAGAAGAAUCUAAGUGAUUUUGAUAUGGUGUGUCAUGUUAUUGCAUUCAUAGUUGAUGGAAUUGAUCAAACUAGCACUGUCAUCACACUUGCUCUCUAUCAACUCGGAAAAAAUAAGGAUAUUCAGAUCAAACUAAGAAAAGAAAUAAGGGAAACUAUUGAGCAGCAUGAAGAGAUAACUUUCGAUGUAGUUCAGGAAAUGCUAUAUCUUGAGCAAGUUGUCUCUGAAACUCUUCGUUUGCAUCCUGCAGGAGUUUUCUUGAGUAAACUGUGCACGGAAACCUGUGAACUACCACUAAACAGCUCCAAAAUGGGAAUAUUUGAGGAAGGAUACAGCGUAAUCAUACCCAUUUACAGUAUUCACCGCGAUCCAAGAUACUACGAAGAUCCCGAAAAGUUCAUUCCCGAAAGAUUUGCCCCCGAAAAGGGAGGAACGAAAGUUUACAAAGAUAAGGGAGCUUUUCUACCUUUCAGUGACGGCCCAAGAAUGUGUUUAGGAAUGAAAUUUGCUCAAGCCCAAUUAAAAGCGGCAAUUUUUGCUGUUGUGAAAGACUUGGAGAUUGAUGUUGAUCCCAGAACAUCGGAUACACUUGAACUGAAUCCUGUGGAAUUAAUUCCAACUGUUCUUGGAGGAAUUUGGUUGAAAUUUAAGGAAAUAAAAAGAUAAAUCUUUCAUUAUUUUCGUUUUUUAUGUUGAGUUUGUACAGAAGUUUGCUAAAUAUUUGUACUGCAGACGCUACCGCGUUAAAGGGUAAUUUGAGUAGGUUUGACCGAUGUUUUAACUUGCGUAACAGCUACAUAUUUUACCAAAUAUUUGAGAUAUUAAUAUAGUCUUUCAUCUUAAAAAUAAGUUUAAAUUGCAUGCAUGGAAAAA